ACAACUUUUCAUUGCAGAACAACAAAGGAAAAUCGAACUAUUCUUUCGUACCAUUCGCUGUAUCUGUUGUGAAAACAAGUUGUUAUAUUCAUAUUUUAUGUUUAUAUCGGCGUUAGUUCGGACAGAAUACCUAAAGGAAUAUUUCUAUACACACUUGUGGUACUCUAGUUAAAAUCCCGUACACAGUAACGUGUGAAUACCGAUCUUAAUAUGAAUAUCAAAAUGCCGGACUUUGAUGUGAAGAAGUUUGUAAAAGGGGCUGGCUCUACACUAUCGCGUGUGGUGCAGCUUACAGAAGAGAAGCUAGGGACAUCGGAAAAAACAGAGAUGGAUGCCCGUUUCGAGCAUUUGAGUGAACGUUCCGACUCGGCUAAAUUGUGGACGGAAAAAAUCAUGCGUGACACGGAGGCAGCACUUAUACCGAAUCCGGCAAAUCGAGUGGAGGACUUUAUAUUUGAGAAAAUCGAAAAACAGAAGCCUAAACGUUUGAGUAAUCUGGAAUACCUUGGAUUGGACAUGAUAGAAGGGGGUGGAGAAUUCGGACAGGACGGACCGUACGGCAGUGCUUUGAUCAAAGUGGGGCAGGCUGAGCAAAAGCUCGGUUCUUGUGAACGUGAUUUCAUCGGUUCUGCUGGCAUGUGUUUUAUUCAGCCACUGAAAAAAUUCUUGGAAGGAGAAAUGAAAACUAUCACUAAAGAGAAAGGUGUGCUCGAGAGUAAACGUUUGGAUUUGGAUGCAUGCAAGAAUCGGGUCCGUAAAGCGCGCAGUAUGAUUGGCCAGCAAGCGAAGGAUGGAAUAUCGCCAGAGGUGACAUUAGAACAGGCCGAAAGAGAUUUACGAGUGGCACAAUCUGAAUUUGACCGACAGGCUGAAAUAACGAAAUUGCUGCUAGAAGGAAUUAGCACGACGCAAGCCACCCAUUUGCGCUACCUGCACUCCUUAGUGGAAGCUCAAGUCCGUUACUACGGCCAAUGCAAUAAAAUUAUGUCGGACUUACAACGAGAGCUAGUUAGUCUCGGUGGCCCGCAACCGUAUGUACCGGUGUCUGGAUACGAAGAUGAGGAUGCUCUUUCGGAACGAGUUAAUAACAUCGAAUUGGGCGCUAAUUCGGGGUACCGGCGGGCUCGCGUUCUAUGCUCAUAUGACGCCAAGGAUGGUACCGAACUGAACCUAUCUUCGAACGAGGUUAUAUUUAUUUGCGAAUGCAAUCCACCACACAGCGAUUACAUGAAUGGAAAGCAAGGGUUACUCAAAGGGCUUGUACCAAAGGCAUUCCUCGAGAUGCUGGAUGACGAUUGAGCAGGUUGCUGCCAUGUUCCUUUGGGAAGCCGAAAGAUUGUUGUUGAAAUUGCCACUUUAUUAAGCGUUUAGAUUUAUUUAGCAAGAACGAAUAGAGAGAAAGUUAGAGAGAGAGAGAGAGAGAGAGAGAGAGAGAGAGAGAGAGAGAGAGAGAGAGAGAGAGAGAGAGAUAGAAAGAGAAGAGAGAUGGAGAUAAAAGCUUCACAAUGUAAUUUGUGAAAAUAGAGCUCAUUUACGAUUACUUUGCAACGAGAAUCGACAUGAUAGGCUACGCCUCGGUGGAGAUAUAUGAAUAAGAGUGAAUAUGAAUUCUAUAAUUGCAAGUUUCUAACAGGGUUUCCAAAACACUUUCCAAUGUGGAUAGCAUAUUUCAUUAAAUACGAGAUGUUUGCAAACAUCCGUCUCACAUUGUAACUCCGUCAAAAUAUGUUAUUGUUUCACAUUCCCAUUGUAGUGCACUGCUAUGGAUAUGUGCUGGAAAGACAAAAUCAUGCAUGUGGAAUACAAUUUUUUUGGCGGAUUUGCAAUGUGUGAUAAUUUGUUAAAAACUUCUUUUAAGCAAUAAUUUAUGCUGCGCAUAGAUUGGACAAGAAACCCUGAAUUGUAGCUUGGUUUAAGGUUGUUCCCCACUUGUUUGAGGUUUGUUCCGUUGAAUAGGAAGUGUUCAUGUUAUGUGAUUUGCUUUUAAAUCUAUUUCUGCAUGUAGUAAAAAAUACUUCUAAUUUCUUCAAACACUAUUGCACGUACUGAUUCAAAAAUUAAAAAGAAAACUGUACAUUAUGUGUGGUUUUCCAAAUCGUGUUCAGCUUUUGAAGUUCAAACGUCUCGUGUCGUUUACGCCUUAUUAUCUUAUCUUACAUACAUUUACUAAUCAAUUGAUAGCGUGUGUUUGAACUCGUGCAUAUGGUCAAUUAUUAGACAGAGUUUUACUACACAAAAGAAGCAAAAUAUUACUAUUAAAAUACUAAAGUCCGACUAAGAUUAUCAGCCUGUAAUGUAACCUAUGUUUUAGUCGAGUAUCUUGCAAGACGAGAGUUAGCCUAAUCCAAACAUUCCUUUAAAUCCCUCCAAUGCUUCCAGUGGAUCUCAGCCAUUUCAACAAUUUUGACCGCGUGUUUAGGCCGAUCUCGGUCCAAUUAAUCUCAAUUGUGGCUGAUAGUGGUUUAGGGGAGGUGUGUAAUGCAAACAAAUCUUAAACGAACCAAAAAGAUGUGCAGUGCUUAAAACCUAUAAUACUCCAUUAAACAUCCUAACUGUUUCUUCCCUCUAUAAACGUAAUCCAUCGUACGUGUGGACGCUUCAUAAAACCAAUUUACUAUAUAAUCUAAUGCAAAUAAAAAUGUUGCUACUUGAGAUGGAAUAUAGUGCUAAGAGGUAAACAAAGAGCGUUAAAUUUAUCGCAACUAUUCAAACGAAACUAAAGCUGUUGCUGAAAUGAAACACGUUUUGCGAAGUUCAAAAAGCGCUUUACAUAAAUACAACGUGAAUAUAUUAAUGAAGUCAAUUUCAUCAGAAUGAGAUUGACGAUAUUAUUGUUGAAGUAUUAGGUAAAUACUCGUUUUUGUGGCAAGACUGCCCAUAAAUUACACCAAGUUACUAAAUGAACAAUAAAACAGUCCACAACUACACACACAAACGAACUUUCGUUUAAUAUUCUAUUUCGUUGAUGAUUGUAUCCUUUCACUCGAGAGACUUUUCAUCCCAAAUCAGGCGAUAUGCGAAUGUCGAGAUGGCUAGAAUCAUUUGCUCGUCCCGAUUGGAGCGCCAAUUUUUCGGAUAUUUUGAAAUCCUUUCGCAUAUACGCUUCUUGAACGAACAAUGAGCACCACUAACAAUAAUGAAAACACUGCGACACGCUCCAGAAUACCUUUUCGAUAAGAACCAUUUAUUGGAAAGCAAAAUGCAUCUCACAUCACUGUAAUACGCGACGAAUCGACACACCGACACUCAAAUGAUUCUUAAUUCUUAUCG